AUGUCCCGUACAGCUCAAGCCAACAUUACUACUGGUUGGAUGUUUCUGGAGAGAGUGAUGAUGGGCACUGUGACCUCUGUGCCCUGCUGCAUCUUCUUCCUCAUUAAUGUCACCAUGUUGUUCACCCUGAGGAGUAAAGCAGUGUUUCGUGAGUCCUCUCGUUACAUCCUCCUGUACAACCUCCUUGUUGCCGACACCAUGCAGAUGGCACUGAGCCAGUUAAUGUAUCUACUCGCUCUCUGUAAAACUCGGCUGUCGUAUCCUGUGUGUGCUCUUCUGGUCAUGCUCGCUAAUUUCACCAAUGAAAUCUCCCCUCUCACUCUGGUGGUGAUGUCUCUGGAGAGAUAUGUAGCUGUGUGCCAGCCGCUGCGACACGCUACCAUCAUCACCAUCACAAACACAGCACUGGCCAUCAUCGUGGUUUGGGCCAUUAGUUCACUGAACGUCCUCGUCCGAGUUCUGUUGCUGUUAGAUUUCCCGUUUGAAAGCCUGGGCACUCUGCAGAUGAAAGACUUUUGUGGAACCCUUGUCCUGUUUCUUGGGCCGAUGUCUGAUGAUUAUGACAAAGCUUACACUUGUUUUGUGUUUGUAUCAGCGACUGUAGUGAUCACGUGCACCUACAUUGGUGUGAUGGUGGCAGCCAGGUCAGCGUCUACAGACAAAGCUUCAGCUCGUAAAGCUCGUAACACGCUGCUGCUGCAUCUGGUGCAGCUGGGCCUCAGUCUCUUAUCAACUAUACACAACUCUGUCAUUGGAGCCAUUUCAAAGAUUGUGACAAGGCCAAUAUUUCUGAUCAUCCUGAAUACUUUAUAUGUGUUCCUCAUCAUGCUCCCCAGAUGUCUGAGUUCUCUCAUCUAUGGGCUCAGAGAUAAGACCAUCAGACCUGUGUUCUUGUACCAUCUGUGCUGUGGACUGAGACUCAAAGCUGAGGUCUCACCCUGA